GCGGCGGGUCCCGACUGGGACGUCAAGUCUCGCGAUCUCGCGCGGGGCGCCGCGCACCACCUCGCGCCUAUGGCCCUCCCAUAAUCCCGCGCGGGCGCCCGGCCUCUUCCUUUUCCGCCAUCUUGCUGCACCGGCACCAUGGUGCGCAUGAACGUUCUAGCCGAUGCUCUCAAAAGCAUCAACAACGCAGAGAAACGUGGGAAACGCCAAGUUCUCAUUAGGCCGUGCUCCAAAGUAAUCGUCCGGUUUUUAACUGUGAUGAUGAAGCACGGUUACAUUGGUGAAUUUGAGAUAAUUGAUGAUCACAGAGCUGGGAAGAUUGUUGUCAAUCUCACAGGCAGACUCAACAAGUGUGGUGUAAUCAGUCCCAGAUUUGAUGUUCAGCUGAAGGAUUUGGAAAAGUGGCAGAACAACCUGCUGCCUUCACGUCAGUUUGGGUACAUUGUACUGACAACCUCAGCUGGCAUCAUGGACCAUGAGGAGGCUAGGCGAAAACACACAGGAGGCAAAAUCCUGGGAUUCUUUUUCUAAAACUUGUAAAAAAAGAGGAUACUAAUAAAUUGUUCAAAUGGA